AUGGAUAAUAGUAAUUCAAUUAUGCAACAACGUAGAUCAUCGAUUAAACUUUAUACUGAAUUUUCACAAAAUUAUCCAGCAGUACAUAAUCUACCUAUUCAAAUUGAUAAUAGUUCACAUUCAAUUAGAUCAAUUAUUAUUCCUUCAAUGAUUAUGCAAUCAACGGGAAUCCAAACUAUGAAUAUGACACCUGAAGUCAGUGUACAAGUGGAUUUAUUAACACAACAAUCGGAAUUUACUCAAACAGAUUUAGAAGUUGAUAAUAAUCCACCAAUUUUAUUAGAUGCUACAAGUGAAUCUUCUGUCAAUAUAGAAAAUUCUACUGAUCCAUUAAGUACACUUCGUAUUUACUUAUUAAAUCAAUUACCGAUUAGUGUAUUAUUUGAUGAUGCCAGUAUUAAGAAAUUACAAAGUUGUUCUAUAUGUAUGGAAAAUUAUCAUAUUGGAGAUCGUAUUAUGGGUUUACCAUGCUUUCAUAUGUUUCAUUAUACUUGUUUAUAUGCAUGGAUUGAUAAGGUAAUUCGUUAG